AUGGCGAGUUUACUAGAUAAAGCAAAAGGUUUCGUGGCUGAUAAACUCGCCGGGGUUCCUAAACCGGAAGGUUCGGUUACGGACGUCGACCUUAAAGACGUGAAUCGCGACUCCGUCGAGUACUUAGCCAAAGUUUCAGUCACCAAUCCUUACGGUCACGCGAUUCCGAUCUGCGAGAUCAAUUUCACUUUUCACAGCAAUGGCCGGGAAAUCGGAAAGGGGAAGAUACCGGACCCUGGUUCACUGAAAGCAAAGGACAUGACGGUCGUUGAUGUUCCGGUGGUGGUGCCGUAUAGUAUACUGUUCAACUUGGCACGAGACGUUGGUGCUGACUGGGACAUUGACUAUUUGCUCGAAAUAGGCCUCACCAUUGAUCUUCCUGUUGUCGGGGAUUUUACAAUCCCUAUUACCAGCAAGGGCGAAAUAAAACUCCCGACUUUUAAAGACUUCUUCUGA